AUGAUUGACAAACGGAGGGACUGACCUCAUCAUCAUGCGAUAUGAAGUAACCGGAGAUCUAACGGUGACAAACAUCGGACCAUCGCCAUAAAACUCAUAUGAUUCACGCUCGUUCAUAACGAAAAACACGGAAAGGUGACUGGAGAAGCAGCCGGGUGUUUCUUCUCUCGAUGACCAGAUUAUCUACAGUUUAACUGAUGCGUUCCUGUUUAGAAGUUAAAGAGCUGCAUUGUUUUAUCAGAUGUAAAUAAAUGCUCAACUAUAAGUUCUCCAAAGGCUCCAGAAGUGUGUUUGCGGAACUGAGAAUGUUCGAGACGAAAGGAAUCUUCGGCUUUUGUGUGGAUGUCAGCUGUCUGCUGCUCGCUGGACUUCCAUUUGCGAUACUGAAUAUUCAGCACACGCCAUUCAAAAGAGGCUUUUUUUGCAGCGAUGACUCCAUCAGGUACCCCUUUAAAGAAGAUACCAUAUCCUACCAGUUACUGAUGGGAAUAAUCAUUCCAUUCGCACUGUUGCUAAUAAUCUUCGGUGAGUGUUUUCCCAUAUAUCUGCGGUCCAGAGUUUCUUUGAGUUACGAGUAUAUAGCGUGUGUGUAUAAGGCCGUGGGAUCAUUCGUGUUUGGAGCGGCGCUGAGCCAGUCUCUGACCGACAUCGCCAAAUACACCAUCGGCCGACUGCGGCCGCACUUUCUGACUGUGUGUAAACCGCACUGGAGCCUCAUUGACUGUAAAUCCGGUUAUAUUGAGAACUUCACGUGCACAGGAGAUCCAGUCAUCAUCAAUGAAGGCCGGCUUUCCUUUUAUUCUGGCCACUCAUCGUUCUCCAUGUACUGUAUGCUGUUCCUUGCUCUGUAUCUCCAGUCUAGACUGAGGGCAAGUUGGGCUCGACUGCUUCGGCCGACUCUCCAGUUCUCUUUCCUCGCGGCGUCUCUUUACGUGGGUCUGUCGCGCGUCUCUGAUUAUAAACACCACUGGAGUGAUGUUCUCUCUGGACUCGUACAGGGAGCCGCCGUGGCACUGUUUACUGUGUUCUUUGUAUCAGAUCUGUUCAGCGCCAAACGCACGUCAGAUACAGAUGAGGAGAUCUCGCACACGAGUCUUCAGGAGACGUCAGAUCCGCCGAACCACUACGGCAGCACAGAGUGAGACAGAACGCACUGUAUUAUUUGGAAGGACGCGCAGUGGAUUUUUCACUUUUGCAGUAACAUGCAAUCCUUCCCACAACUGAUUCUCUUCACUUUUAUAAUAUUACUGGGCAAAAGGUCAUUUUUCAUAAUGCACAGCAGUAGAGAAGUAUAUAAUGUCAUCACGAUAAAUACAGCGGCAGUGCAACAAUAUUCGCUCUGCAGUGGCUGCAUAUAUAUAUUAGUUAUUGUACUGAAUGUGGCAGUGUAAAAAUUGGUUUCUCUUUCCUUACAGACCUCAUGGGGUUAAUUAUACAACUAAAGGUUCCUACUCAGAGUUUAUGCAGUGUCAGUGAAUCGUGAAGGGAAUGGUCCCUAAUGGCCCUUUCGACACCCUCAAAACACUGGCAACCUUUAACUUCCAUGGGACCUUUUCCAUUGCAUUAUAGUAAAAAGAGGUUCUUUAGAUUAUUAAAAUGUUCUUUACAUUAAGAAAAAGAUGGUUCACUGACAAAAUAAUGGGUCUUUGCUGUGAAAAAACCCUCCUGUAACCUUUAUUUUUAAGAGCGUAUGCAUCCCUAUCCAUCAAACCAUCCAACAUUUCUAUCUGAUAAUAUUAGUGCAGUAACCGACAUAUGCAAGUACACGCGUCUUAUUUCAGCAAGGUUGUUUUUAAAUGUUAAAUGAAGACUGUUACAACCAAUGGAUUGUACACUUGACUGUAAAACACUUUAUUUCUGUGGUUUACAGUUGCUUGCUUUUGUGUGUGUUUGUGUCAAAUUGUCAUAAGAAAAAGGAAAGUAGUUGUGGACCAAAAUAUGAACAACCAAAGUGUCUCAUUGCAUUGAAUUCAAUUAAUUUUGUGUAUAUUUUAUUCAUUUUUUUAUGCA